GCCAAGAAACACGUUGUCUCCAAUCGCAAAGGCACAAACUGGAUGUUGACGGCCGACACGGGCAGCGGCGCCGGAAAACUAUUCGCAGAGGUCAUUCUGGAUGGCCAGAAGAUCAAAAUCGGCAAAGGAGAUGCUGAAGGCCGCGAAGGCCGCGGCUGACGAUAUUAUCCAAUGGCAGCCUUGGACUGGGGAACGGCCAGUCCAUGUGCAAGACAAAUGCAAUCCAUGGACGGUCGAUGCCUCCAGCAAGAAAACCGACCCAGGGACAGGGGUGUAUUGGGCACCGCAGGUCACGGCGCCAAUGCCCCUCGAGGCCCUGUAUAGCAUCAUGAAAGGGCACCACGUGCCAUUUGGAUCGCAACAUAUCCUCGACGGAAUGUCCUAUGGCAAUAACUAUUUUGAGCUGGUUACAGAGGACUAUUUCCAAGCAAAGCCAAACGGUAUUGACAAGAAUCAUGUCACGGACGAUGUGCUCGCCUUUGCCUCCUUGGUCUUGUCCUAUGCCAAAGCCGCAAAAAAGGAUCUCAAGGCAGAUGAGAGCCCCAAGCUGCGGAUGGCUUUUAUGCCCCGGACCGAGUUCAACACGCUUUACAAGCAAGUCAAACCGAAGCUUCCAGGUGGCCUGUUCAAUCUGUUCAAUACUCUUGCAUGCUACACGACAACGCAGCAGAGGCCAUGGUUGACAAGGACUUCUGCUCCGGAAAAGAAUCAGCUCCCAAGCCCAGCACCAAAUUCGCCGGUCUGGAAUUCAAAAAAACCCCCUUAUGGCUCUCAUGCCUCGAUGAAGAUCAAAUCCUGGAUUGAAGGCAUUGGCAAAUCCUCCGGCUCCACCGACAUGCUGACCACAUUUGACAAAUCCAUCGAUGGCUCUAUUGGAGGCCUUGGGUCCAAGAUGGAGAAUAUGUUCGGUGCACACCGCAAGGUCCCUCUGUUUGAAUUCCGGGGCCUCAGUGAUAUUCCGAUGAAAGAAUUCGAGUCGUGGACGAAGAAGGUCGACCAUACUAUUCAAGAUCUUCACAAGAAGUACAAAACCGCGCCUGAGUGAAGUACCGUGAAGUCAUUCUUCGGGUAGACGAACUGGGCACAUCAGGAUAGAUUUUUUUUUUUUAUCAGCGUACUUGUACUGCUUUUUCUUUCUUAUUUUGCAACUAGAAGAUGAAUAUAUUUCUCAAUCAACUCUUCUGUCUACACUAACUUGGAAUGCUGUCCAGAGGAAUAUCAAUGACAUCACUCCACACCCGCCCUCCCAAGCAGCCAUCACCACUCAAAACAACCAAAAUAACAAGAACCACAAUCUAAAUUAAAACCAGGUGCCAUCUACGACCCAAUCCAAGAUAUCA